CAGAGGCAGAGAGAGAAGCAGUGGAACUGGGUUAGGCAUCAUCGUCCGGCGCUGGAGCAUCUUCGCUGGCGGGGCCUGCGACCUGAAGGUCCCGGCAUGCAGCGGGGUUGCGGGGGCUGUCGGGAGCCAGUUCUCCGGCCGGAAGCAGGUCCUGUCUGGCGCUUUCUGUUGCUCUGUCAACUCAAAUCCUUGAGGUAUCCUGGACAUUUCCAGUGUUUAUUCUGCAAAUAUUGAUUAAGCCGUCUUCGCACUGCCCGUAGGAACUCGAGAGCUAGCAGAAAAGAUUUUUCACAAUUAAAUUUAACAUACCAGAAUAAGCCAAGAUGUCUGUUGAUCCAAUGACCUAUGAAGCCCAGUUCUUUGGCUUUACACCACAAACUUGCAUGCUCAGGAUCUACAUUGCAUUUCAAGACUACCUAUUUGAAGUGAUGCAGGCUGUUGAACAGGUUAUUCUGAAGAAGCUGGAUGGCAUCCCAAACUGUGAGAUUACCCCAGUCCAGAUUCGUAAAUGCACAGAGAAAUUUCUCUGCUUCAUGAAAGGACGUUUUGAUAACCUUUUUGUGAAAAUGGAGCAGCUGUUUUUACAGUGGAUUUUGCGUAUUCCCCCAAACAUCUUGCUUCCAGAAGAUAAAUCUCAGGAGAGUCAUUCUUAUAGUGAAGAAGAAUUCCAGCUUCUCCAAAAAGAAAUCGAACAGUUGCAGGAGAAGUAUAAAACUGAAUUAUGCACUAAGCAGGCCCUUCUUGCAGAAUUAGAAGAGCAAAAACUUGUUCAGGCCAAACUUAGACAGACAUUGACUUUGUUUGAUGAGCUUCAAAAUGUUGGUAGAAAUCAUGGGACUAGUGAUUUUAGGGACAGCUUUGUGUUCCUGGUCCAGAACUCCAGAAAACUCCAGAGUAUUAGAGACAAUGUGGAAAAGGAAAGCAAAAGACUGAAAAUAUCUUAAUUUCUAAAUAGUAAAAAGAGCCAGUCAAAUGUAGAAUGAGUAAGGGAUUUAUAUCAACUAUUCUUAUUUUACUGUACUGUAUAUUUUGUUGGAUUCUGUUUGUUUACUCUUCCUUGUAUUCCACAUUUUCCUCUCUUUUGGUCCCCUCUCCUGACCUAUCUACGAACAAAUCUUUGAAGCAUUUAUUUCUUACAGUCCUCUAAUAGGUAGGAAGGGAUUCUUGAUCUAUUAAAAAUUCAUUUGGGGGUGUGAUGAAGAAAUAAAGCUUUCCAUGGCCAAAGAUAUUUGUAAAAGUUGUACCUUGGUCAUGAGUCCUUUUUAACCUUGCUUUUAACCUUGCUCCUUUUUACUUAUUAUUUAGAUGAGUCCAAGUGAUAAAAAGGUUGAGUGAGUGGCUCCUUUACUAGUCAGCUACUACAUUGUGGGACAGCCAACAUAGAAUGUUUACUUUUGCCCUAUAAUUUUUCUUACGUGAGAAGGUUGAUAACUAGUUGAAAGAAGUAAGUAGCGGAGAAAACAACCACAAUCUUCAGUAAAGAAGAAAGUUGUUUUCAACAAAUAAAUCCUUUCCAUGACCAAGGCCUUGAUGAUGUUAAACAAUUUACUAUAUUGGAGCCCAGCAGCGGAAGAUCUUGGACAAAAAAGAAGCAGAUCUCACUGGAAUAGAAAAGGAACCCUGGAACAUACCCAAUAGCAAAGUUUAUGUUAACUGACUGUUAGGUAUUUAUGCCAUUUUUUCAUAUUCCAGAUAGUUUUGGAAUUUUCCUUGUACCUAAUAUUUAAUUAACUUAUGUAUUCUCACUGAUAAGCAUUUAAUAUUUUGUACCUUCAGUGGGAAUUUUUAGCUAUGUCUUUUGCUUAAAUUCCAUGGAGUCUGAUAUUUCCUUUUGUAAUUAAUUCAUUUAACAUGUUAGGUCACCCAAGGAAAGAGACAAUUUGGCCAUACUCUAAAGGCAUUGCUUGCCCUCCAUGUCUUCCUAAACAAUAGGAUUUGGAGUUUUUCCUUUAUGUAGAAGAGUAAUCUAGGGUAUUAAUAUUUGCGAUUAAAUAGUCAUAGAUUUAGGAAGUCUGUGUUUACCUUGAUGUAUUUAUUAUCAAAGUUCUUUUUCUAAUCCUGCACAUGAAAUAUAUAUGUUUUUAAAGGUUUUGGUUUUUUAUUUUUCUGCUGUCUGUAAUGUCAUGGCAUGUUUUUUUUUUUUUUUUAAAGAUUUUAUUUAUUUUUAGACAGAGAGGAAGAAAGGAAGAGAGAGGGAGAGAAACCUCAAUGUGUGGUUGCCUCCUGCGCACCCCACACUGGGGACCCCGCCCAGAAUCCAGGCAUGUGCCCUGCUCUGGGAAUCGAACCGGCAACCCCCUGGCUCUCAGGCCAGUGCUCAGUCCACUGAGUCACCCCAGCCAGGGCGUCAUGGCAUGUUUUUUUCAAUAUUUUUAUCCAAAUGAAAUUAAAUUUUUUUCAUUUUUUCCUUUUACAUCUGUAGGUUAUUUAAAAUCCCCUAGUAUAGAGGUUUAAAUGGUGAUUUCCCAGAAGGUUUGUCCAUGUAUGUUAUGAUUCCUGGAAACUAUGACUGUUCCUUAUUUGGAAAAACGAUGUUUUCGGGUUUAAUUAAGUUAAGAAUCUGGAGAUGAGAUCAGUCUGAAUUAUGUGGGGAGGGGGGUGGCAAAAUCCAUUGUUAAGUGUUUUUUAUAAGAGAAAGGCAGAGAGAUUUGAGAUGGAGGAGGAGGCAUUGUGACCACAGAGGCAGAUUGAAGUGAUGCAGCCAGAAGUUCAGGAAUGGCAACAGCCACCAUAAGCUGGAAGAGGCAAAGGGCAGAUUCUCUCCUAGCACCUGCAGCAGGACCCCAGAAUAAGGGCCCUAGACACCCUUAUUUUGAAUUUCUGGCCUGCAGAACUAAGGAUACAUUUCUGUUGUUUUAAGUCACUAAGUUCGUUAUGAUAGCAACAAAAAACUAAUGUACUUAGUAAAAUUAGAACAUUAAGAUAUUAAAAAGGAUGUAAGCUGUUAUUAAGGAAAUGACAGCUGAGGCCUGAUUGGCCCCAUUAUAUAUGCAAUAAUAUGGCUUGUCUGAAUACAGUUAAAAUAUGAAGAAGACUUGGAUAGAAGGGUGAAGUCCUCAGUGAUUAGAACUCAGGAGUCCAUUUCAUGUUUAGUAAAUGCUUAAUAAUUGUUGGAUAUUAAUAUCAUUUGUCAUAGUAAUAUCUCUAGGAACAAGUUAGUCUGCUUGGCCUCAUUGUCCUCUAAUAGUUAAAUUCCUCUCUCAGAAAUUCAGAAAUCAGAAUAAUAAACACUUGGUUACCUA